AACAUGCGUUUCAGCUCCUGCUCUCGAAACUUAUCUCACUCCCUUGGGGGUUACCUGCACUACCCAAGCUCUUGCUGUGGUUCUUCUUACCCCAGCAACCUGGUCUACCACACUGCCCUCUGUUCUCCCAGCACCUGCCAGCUGGGCUCCUCCCUCUACAGCGGCUGCCAGGAGACCUGCUGUGAGCCCACCAGCUGCCAGACGUCCUGUGUGGUGUCCAGCCCCUGCCAGACGUCCUGCUCCCGCCCGAGGGCCUCCAUGCUCUGCAGUCCUUGCCAGACAGCUUACUCUGGGUCUCUGGGCUUUGGAUCCAGAAGCUGCUGGUCCCUGGGCUGUGGCUCCCAGGGCUUCAGACCCCUGAGUUAUGGAGUCUGUGGUUUCCCUUCCCUGAGCUAUGGAUCCAGAUUCUGCCGCCCAACCUACUUCUCCUCCAGGAGCUGCCAGUCAUCAUGUUACAGGCCAACUUGUAGAUCUGGAUUCUAUACAUCAACUUGUUAA